AUGGCAUUAGCCCCGUUGAUGCCAACUUAUGAAGAUGGGAAGCCCUAUGAAGGAUAUGGGGAAAGCGGCCGAUACGUGCCAACCGCACAUACUGAUAUGAUGAAUCUUCUUCGUCGUGGCGGUUACUCUUUCCAACCAGCUUCUCGGACUCCUAGCACAUCUCCGCCUCCUGGAUCAACUGGGUCAGUUAGUUCUACUGCACAGCCAUAUAUCCCUGCAAGCCUAGCUGAAUUAAUGAAUGCACCUGCGAGACUUAGCAUGCCACAUUUGCACCCAGAAAGGCUUGACGGAGCUCUAUGGUUUGAUAUUCAUCCCAAGGUCACUAAAGACAUCUGCAAAACUUGGAAAUCAAAUUUUUGGGGACCAUGGUGGAAUUACUCGAUGGUUCCCCAAGAGAAGAAAGACAUGUGGUGGGCUAGUUUUGUGCAACUGUAUUAUUGGGACAAAGAACAUGAGGAUGCAAAGAAGUUAGCAGGGUUGAAGCCUGAUUUCAUAAGCCAAGAUGAUUGGUAUCUCAUGCUCAAGAUGUGGGAGACUCCUAAACUCUCCAAUAAGUGCAAAACCAACUCAAAGAACCGCAAGGCUAAUCCACAUAACCACACUGCCGGUGCUAAAAAAACAGCUAGAAUCGAACAUGAGAUGACGAUCGCAGCUGGUGGUGUUCGACCAUCAAUUCCUGAGCUUGUCCGGAAGACCCAUACUCGAAAAGAUGGGACCUUUGUUGAUAAACGUGCAGAGUCGUUAAUCAAAGAGGCUGAGACUUUGGCUGCACAGAGGGCUGCUGCUGAUUCUGGUGAAAUAGAAACCGCCGUUGAACUGUCGUCAGAGCUGCUCACCGCUGCAUACUUGGAGAAAGCUACCACUAAGAAUGGCCAUAUCUAUGGCCCUGGAUCAUCACAAUUCAUUAACGUUGAUCCUAAAGUGUCUCCUGCCACUGCUUUUGCUCGGAACAUUGCCUUAGAAGAGAGGAUUACUAGUAUUGAAGCAAGUGUCAAAGAGAAUUUCAGCAACAUGAAGAAGUCUAUAGAGGACAACAAGGACAGCCAUGAUGCUUCAAGAAGAGCCUUAAACGUGUUGUUGCAGAUUAAUGGUAUUGAUCCUGUUACACUUAUGCCACUAACUCCUACUUCACGUUCAAAUGGAUCUUCAUCUACCGGAGCUCUUCACACUUCACACAGUCCUGUCAACUUUGGAGAUCUACCAAACCAUAACCUUCCUGGCAUAUUUGAAGAGAACUGA